AUGGCCGGAGGGGGCAAAUUGUAUGCCAGCAGGCAGGCGUGGUCGGAAUGUACGACGCAGCUCAUUCUCAUCUGUCUGCUCUAUUCGAUGGGAAGCAUCUUUUUUGGUAGUGAUGGAGCGUCCUUCGGCGGAGUACAGACUUUUAAUCCCUUCGUGCAAAGAUUCGGUGAAUACGAUUCCGAGAAAGAAACAUGGGCUAUCCCAACGAAGAUUGUGUCGUUGAUCAACAGUCUUGCGCUGAUCGGAAAAUUCAUCGGUGCUAUUAUCGUUGGCCCUAUAAUUGAGAAGCUUGGACAUCGCAUCGCCAUGGUGAUUACCUGCGUAACUCAAAUCGUCGGGGCAGUCAGUAAGUGUACAAGUUACCAGUCAUUCGUCAGCGCAGUUCAUCGUCGGUCCAUCAUCAUUUAUACAGCUGUUGGUCUGGUUGAAAACGUUGUUCCCACGUACGAGUCUGAAAUCUGCCCUGCUCCCCUGCGCGGUUUCUGUGUUGGUUCAAUUCAGCUCUUCCUCACAUUUGGAUCACUGAUUGCUGGAAUCGUGAAUCAAUAUCUGUCAAAGUCCAACACAGAUAUGGGCUGGAUGCUAGCGACGGGAAUUCAAGCUGUCCCUGCUCUGAUCAUCCUAUCUGGCCUGUACUUUACUCCAACUAACAAAAACACAGACUCUCCCCGCUGGCUCAUCUCCAAGAACCGUCGGGAAGAAGCCCUAGCAGCCUUACGCCGGCUGAGACCGAAGAAGGCAGUCGAAGAUGGCCUCUGCGAGCUUGAAGUAUGGGCACUUGAGAACUCCGAUAAUCGCAGCGAAAAAGCGCCCUGGGUUGAGCUCUUCAGUGCCUCUAACUGGCGACGCACAUCAAUUGCACUAUUUCUCAUGGCCCUUCAGCAACUUCCUGGCGUGACUUUCAGCAGCUCGUACGGACCAACAUUCUACAAGAAAGUCGGACUAGGAGAUAUGGCGUUUACAUAUGCAGCAGUCAACAACGGCGUCUCGGUUGUAACCGCUCUCAUCGGCAUGACGCUCUUCGACAUUUUCGGCAGACGCGAACUCACAUUCCACGGAUGCUGGGUCCAGGCUCUUUUCCUCUGUCUGAUUGGGGGAUUAGGUUCAAAAACCAACCGCUCAACAGGGGAUACCAACGGAAUGGUAGCAUCAUUCAUUCUCUACGCGGCUGUGCUCCAUGCGACAUUGGGCCCGGCUGCAUAUAUCACAGCUCCUGAGAUCGGAACUGCCAUUUUACGAGAGAAAACUAUGGCUAUUUCGACAGCAUUCAACGUCGUUGUCGGUUUCGUGGUGGUAUACACAACCCCGUAUCUCUUAUCUACCCCGGGUGCCAAUCUAGGUGCUAAACUAGGCUAUGUCUGGGGUGGGUUUGCAGGUGCUGGAGCAAUCUGCGUUUGGUUCUUUAUGCCCGAGCUGAAAGGGAGAAACCUUGAAGAAAUUGACCAACUGUUCAGGGCUAAGCUGCCUGCUUGGAGGUUCAAGGGGUACCAGUGUGAAGGGUUGGAUCAUGAGAUGGCGAUGUAUCAGACUGCGGGAUUGAAAGAGAAGGAAUUGAAGGAGGAAUUGCGAUGA